AUGACGCUGGAACACUACCCGGCGAUGACCGAGAAACAGCUCGCGGACAUCGAGGCCGAGGCGUGUCAGCGCUGGGACCUGACCGCCUCGCUGAUCAUCCACCGCUACGGACGGCUCGAGCCCGGCGAUCGGAUCGUGUUGGUGGUGACCGCGGCGUCUCACCGCCGCGCCGCGCUCGAUGCCUGCGCCUUCCUCAUCGACUGGCUCAAGACCAAGGCGCCGUUCUGGAAGCGCGAGGAAACCGCCGACGGCCCGCGCUGGGUCGCUGCGCGGGCCGCUGACGACCAAGCCGCCUCGCGCUGGCGCGGCGCGUCGUGA